UUAUCGGUUUCCUCAGCGGCGCCGAAUCAGUCAAGGGCUACGGAUAAUGACGGUUUAUGGACUGGUGGUGCAGAUACACCUUAGCUAGGUCGAUUGUUGGAAAUUAUUGAGGAAGGGUCUGACGAGACUUCUUCUCCCUCAUUCCUCCCUGCGUCUUUGAAGUAGACAACUUUCUUUGAACGGCUCCCUGCAAGUCGCGUCACGACAGCAAACGGCACGAGCAGUGGCAAAUCGUGUAUACUUCUGGUCGAGCUGCAGCUAUUCUUUCGCGCUCGCGACUUCCCCAGAUUAUCUCGCCCCACACUUAGAUUCCUAGUCCCCGCGGACGAAGAAAGAUCACAAUGCGCACAGCGUGCCUCAGAGCAGUGGGCUCUGCCACAAGGCUCGCUCGCUCUACUCGCAGUGCUCAGCUCACUCGCCCAGCGGUCGCGAAAUGCACCCAGCGAGCAGCUGUGAGCUAUGGCCAGCAGUUCAGAGCAUUCCAACAGGCUGCGGCUGUCCAGCCCGCCGAGGAUGUCUUCGAGACACCCAAACAGAGUGUCGAUUCCGCAAAGCCCACGGAGGCGCUCGACACAUUUCCCCGUAGACACAUUGGCCCCUCUGCUGAGUCGGCAGAGGCUAUGCUCAAGGCGCUCGACCCGCCUGUGAGCAGUUUGGAUGAGUUUGUGCGCCAGGUCAUCCCUGCAGACAUUCUCAACGAUCGCGAACUCAGCGUUGGAAAGCUUUCAGACCGCCAUGGCGCAGAUUGGCAGGCGAACGGCGUGCCCGAGUCUGUCUUCCUGAAGAAUGCGAAGCGGAUUAUGGGUCAGAACAGGCCAGGAAAGAGCUUGAUCGGCCAGGGCUACUACAACACCAAUGUCCCUGAGGUCAUCAAGCGCAAUGUGCUUGAGAACCCCCAGUGGUACACCAGCUACACUCCAUAUCAACCCGAGAUCAGUCAGGGUCGUUUGGAGUCGCUUCUCAAUUUCCAGACCAUGGUCACCGACCUGACUGGUCUGUCGAUUGCGAACGCUUCCUUGCUCGACGAGCCCACGGCCGCUGCUGAGGCCAUGACUAUGUCUUUUGGUUCAUUGCCAGCCUCGCGCCAGAAGCGUCCGAACAAGACGUUCCUCGUUUCCUCCACCUGCCACCCCCAGACUAUUCAGGUCCUUCGCUCUCGUGCGGAAGGUUUUGGUAUUAAGAUCGAAGUCGCAGAUGUACUUGCGGAUAACAGCAAGCGCGUUGAGGAGCUUGGGCAGGAUUUGGUUGGUGUUUUGGCACAAUACCCUGACACCGAUGGUGGCGUUAGCAACUACCGUAAUCUUGCGGACAAGGUUCACAAGCAGGGCUCGCUCUUCAGCGUAGCUACUGAUCUUCUUGCGCUUACGCUGCUCACUCCACCGGGAGAGUUUGGCGCAGACAUUGCCCUGGGAAAUGCCCAGCGCUUCGGUGUCCCGCUUGGCUUCGGUGGCCCUCACGCCGCGUUUUUCGCCAGUGUCGACAAGCACAAGCGUAAGAUUCCUGGACGUAUCAUCGGACUUUCGAAGGACAGGCUGGGUAAUCCGGCGGCGCGUCUCGCUCUGCAGACACGAGAGCAGCACAUUCGUCGUGAGAAGGCCACCAGCAACGUCUGCACUGCGCAGGCGCUGCUCGCGAACAUGAGCGCUAUGUACGCUGUCUACCACGGACCCAACGGUUUGACACAAAUCGCCAAACAGGUCGUAGCGAAAACCAGGCUCGUACAGCAGGCGCUCAUCGAAGCUGGAUACAAGACCGGUACUCGCGCCAAGCUCGACAACGCCCCAGCAGCAUUCGACACAUUUGUGGUAGGGACGGGUAACAACACAGAGCCCCUGAUUGCUGAGCUGGAGCGCAACGAGAUUUUGGUGCGCAAGGUUGAUGACAACCACAUCGGCCUGUCUUUCGACGAGACUACAACCUCCCAGACCAUCUCAGCAUUGCUCAAGACUCUGACCAAGGGCAACGCAAAGGUUGACUUCUCCCAAGAAGUUGCUGUGGAGGCUCCUCAGGGGUACAAGAGAACUUCUGAGUUCUUGACACACCCUGUCUUCAACUCGCACCACUCCGAGACCGAGUUGCUGCGCUACAUCAACCACCUUGCGUCCAAGGAUCUGUCCCUCGUCCACUCUAUGAUUCCUCUCGGAUCUUGCACGAUGAAGCUGAACUCGACAUCCGAGAUGGCGCCCGUCUCGUGGGAAACCACAGGCAACUUGCACCCGUUCCUGCCUCUCGAGCGUGCGAAGGGUUACCUUGAGAUGAUUGGCCAGCUCGAGAAGGAUCUCGCAGAUAUCACCGGAUUUGACGCCGUAUCUCUGCAGCCCAACUCCGGUGCUCAGGGCGAGUUUGCUGGUCUGCGCGUUAUUCGCAAGUAUCUCGAGCAGCAGCCGGGCAAGAAGCGCGACAUUUGCUUGAUCCCCGUUUCGGCCCACGGAACCAACCCUGCCAGUGCUGCUAUGUGCGGUAUGCGCGUUGUGCCCGUCAAGUGCGACACCGCUACCGGUAACCUCGACAUCGCUGACCUCAAGGCCAAAUGCGAGAAGCACAAGGACGAGCUCGGUGCGUUCAUGAUCACGUAUCCCUCCACUUUUGGUGUUUUCGAGCCUGCGGCUAAGGAAGCUUGCGAUCUGAUUCACCAGUACGGAGGACAGGUGUACAUGGACGGUGCCAACAUGAAUGCUCAGAUUGGUCUCUGUUCGCCAGGUGAGAUUGGUGCCGAUGUCUGCCAUCUCAACCUCCACAAGACCUUCUGCAUUCCCCACGGUGGAGGUGGCCCUGGUGUUGGACCCAUCGGUGUAAAGAGCCAUCUCAGUCCCUUCCUGCCCGGUCACUUGAGGAACGAGACUGGUGGUGAACAAGCUGUCUACCCAAUCUCUGGUGCGCCUUGGGGCAGCGCUUCCAUUCUGCCCAUCUCUUGGGCUUACAUCAAGAUGAUGGGAUCCGUUGGACUGACACAGGCCACCAAGAUCACACUGCUGAACGCCAACUACAUCCUCUCCAAACUCAAGCCUCACUAUCCGAUCUUGUACACCAAUGCCGAGGGUCGCUGCGCUCACGAGUUCAUUCUUGAUGUUCGUGGCUUCAAGGAGACCGCCGGUGUCGAGGCUAUCGAUAUCGCCAAACGCCUCCAGGAUUACGGUUUCCACGCCCCAACCAUGAGCUGGCCCGUUGCCAACACUCUCAUGAUCGAACCCACCGAGUCGGAGAGCAAGGUCGAACUCGACCGCUUCUGCGAUGCCUUGAUCUCAAUCCGCAAGGAAAUUAAGGACGUCGAGGAUGGCAAGCAGCCCAAGGGUGCCGGCAAGAACUUGCUCACCAACGCGCCCCACACCCAGCAAGAUCUUAUCGUUGGCAACUGGGACCGCUCAUACAGCCGGGAGGAUGCUGCGUACCCCCUGUCAUACUUGAAAGAAAAGAAGUUCUGGCCUAGCGUUACCAGGCUCGACGAUGCCUACGGUGACACCAACCUCUUCUGCACAUGUGCCCCUAUGGAGUCUGAGGGCGGCGACAUCACCGGUGCCGCUGCACCCAACCCUACCUAAACCACUCACUCUCAACACCGAGUGGUAAUUCCGUUUUCCUGAUUUUUUGCUGCAUUUACAUUCAACACCAGCGUGGGAGUCCGGCGCCUCAACAUAUCCCUUCCUUCAACACAGCUGGUAUCAAAUAUGGGUUGCAUACGAAUUGGCGUUUGGUUUGAUAGAAUCUUGUCGACACAUCGUGGAUAGUAGUAAAACUAGCGGCAAUUUCAACAAGUCGUAAAUGUUCA